AUGUCAUUCGAUUGGCUAAACGUUCCGGGACUUUCGUCUGACGACACUGGUAAUAUCCGGGAUGCUGAGUCUCCACCUCCACCGGUGUCGUUUGAUUUCGGGCCCAUUGCAGAAAGUGCUGCGGUUACAUCCAAUAACGGUGGUAGUGAAUACCAAGAAACAAAAGAAGAUAUGGCUGCCCCGCUUUCACUGUCGAAAAGUCAACUGUCAAGAGAGGAAGUUAGAACCUAUUUGCGAUGGUACGGGUACAUAACAUCGCGGAAACACGCCAAAUUGAUAAGACUAGACGACAUUUUCCGGUUUAUGUCGAAUUUCCUGCUCUCACAAGUGGUCAAAGACCGUGUGGAACAUAUAUUCAAAUCGUGCAAAAACGCUCUCAAUAUUGGUCAGUUUUUCGCUGUCUUGAGACUCCUGUCGCGUGCUAUGUACGAAAAUGUGGUACCUACAAGACGUAUGAUCCUGCAUCAAACACCGGUGCCAAGACCAAAGUCAAUUUUGGCUGCAGGAAGCGAAGAAGUUUACGAAGAAAUCGACGACUCACAGGAUGCAGGACCCGAAUUGAAGGUCGAUAUUGACAGUUUUGCGUCCUUAUUAUUGACAGGUCAAAAGAAAAAACGAUAUAGACGGAAAAUCACCAAUUAUUUGAAAAAGCUCAAGAAAGUUCGAUUCUCUGAUAAUUUGGUGACCUUCCAGGACCAAGCCUGGGCUAAUGAUGGCAAUCCAGCGCGAGCCGAAGAAGGAGAAAUUGUUGAUACCAGCAAACCGUUGGACCUUUCCCUACCUAUGGAUCAACUACUUAAGAACCUCGCAGCUAGAAAGAAAAACUCGGCUUUAGUUUCUGAACCUCCUUCUGAGCAAACACCAGAUACCCAAGAGGAAAAGGAGGUCUUGGAAGACAUGAAGGAGUCUUUAAACCAUUUCCAGCAAUUGCAGAAGGCCGAUACCGUUGCCCAAAACAGCUUUCCCAUCCAGUCGUCCCAGGGUAACGCGAACGAACAAACUGCGCUACAACCCUUGAAACCAACGGCUACCGGAUCUGCCAAUUAUCUAUUCCGAUCCAGUCAACCACCCAUUCAGCAUAUGCAACAGGAACCUUUGAGACCAACCUCCACAGGCUCUGCUAACCAUCUCUUUCAAGCGAAGAAGCCAGCUAACCAGAAUUGGCAAUCUCAGCAAGUACUUGAGCCGCUGAAGCCUACAGCUACUGGUUCUGCAAAUAGUUUAUUUCGUUCACGCCAAGAAAACUCCUCUCAUGGUCAAUUUACGUCGCCUAACUUAGCGUUUUCGAAUUCAAGUGCCUUGAAGCCAAACCAGAACUUGAGUUCGAAACCGAGCAGUUCUUUUGGUUCGAUCUCAACACCGCACAAUGAUGGGUCUUUCCACUCACGUCCAGAGACACAACAAGUGCCACCCGUUCAAAAUCAGCAGUCGCGACUACCUGACCUCUACCCCUCGGUACCAAAUAACUCUUCGGCACAUCAUUACCAAUCAUCGCCACAAUUUCCAAACAAUUAUAGAAAUGGCAUCUUCAAUUCCACUGAGCAGAGAGAUAGCUCAGGAUAUGGCAUGUCACCCCAAACAACCAAUCAGAAUCAAUUCAACCACCGAUUUGAUGCCAAUCAUCAAUUGUUCAUGUCGAGUUCCCCGUCGCCAAAUGCAAGCACGAUGCAAAUCAAUCAGUCGCCGAACCCAGGUCAGUUUCAACCGCUUCAAGGGAAUCUUUCUCCAAUGCCAGGAAACUUAAGUGGCGGUGGCUUUCCCGUCAUGAAUCAUAAUGGAACGCUUGGCACUCAACAAGACAGGAACUACCUGCACCCCAGCUAUACUGGCCCUGCACUCUCUGGAUAUUCAAAUAACAGAUUAACUGUUCCUCCCAGAGAGGUGCAUAGCUUUUCGCCUUCUCCCGUUCCGCAGCCCAAUUACUACUCACAAAGUACUGCAAACCAUGUUCAGUCGAAUGACAUCUUGGGCGACCUCAAAGCCUUGCAGGCUCAUGUGGACCAUUUACAAAACGCAUACAACCGUUGA